CGGAGUCGUCGAUCGGCUGACAACGGUUAGAACCGAUAAGCGUGACUUCCUCGCUCCGUUGAGGAAAGAGCCCCUGUAGAAGCCCGCUGUAGCAGCUCGUUCCUUCCUGGGCUUGGGGCUUACAGCGGAAAUUGAUAGUACAAGAGCCCGCCAAUCUCUUCCUCACAUCUGUGUCUUCAGGUUCCGACGCGUCAACCCCAAUCACCACAACACUUCACUUCACCUCUGUCCUCUUCCACCUCACCCCACUUCAACUUCAACUCAACACAUCACCAAACGUUGCGCCACGCUCUUCAAAACACAAAAAUCACUUUCAUUAUCCAAGAAAAGAACAUAUCAUCAUUACAACAUGGAGAAGAGCGAAAAGCAGGCCGCCGCUCAACAAGCGGUAGACAUUCUCCACGAGAUUUCCACUAUUCUGAACUGUCAGUUGGAUCGUAGAACACUCUCCAUCUGCAUUUCCAUGAUUGAGAAUGGCGUAAAGCCCGAGGCGCUGGCUAUGAUCGGCGGGGAGAGGGUUUUACUCGGUUCUUCGAAGCGUGGACCGUUAAAUGAGGAAGACGACCAAGAUCAGAUGGACAUCGACUUAGCCUCUGACGGCAAGAAUCAGCGUUAUCUGGCCGCGCCGAACGAUGCCAUUUCACGGUACCAUUUGAAGCUCACUAUUUACACCCUUCGAUGGGUGAUUAUGGGGUUCAAAAGGCUGAAGACAAGAUUUCCACCGUUGUGCCACUCUGACAGCAAGAUGGACCCGAUCGCGACGGACUUGGAAUUUAGCUCCGAAAUGAGUCGUGGUCGCAAGGCGUCACGAGCAGUCAAUGGAAGCGGGAGAAACGGCGCUUUGCCAUUGGGAUUGAGAAGGGCCAGAAGGGCCAAAAGCGCACCAAAUCGAACAGAGAGGAUCAAAUAUUAUGAGGAGAUGCUGCGAUUCGUGAGAGAGCGGCCCAUGAUCUCGACAUCGAUGCGGCCCAGCCCGACGUCAAGUUGGGCGGAUCACGAUCGCUUAGAGGGCUGGGACCAAAAUGAAGAAGAGGAGGAAAUGGAUCCGAUGGAGCUCUGGGAAACAGAAAGGGAGAAUAAUAAAGACGAAUCGAGGCAAGAACAAGCACUGGUCAAAACGGAGGUCAUGGAACUCUGCGAAACAGAAGGAGAGGAAAACAAGAACGACUCGGGGGAGCAAGAACAACAGACACCUCUGGUGAAAACGGAAGUCAUCCAAGUACAACCCUCCAGCAGCAAUCAGACAUCGGAGGGUGGAAAUGAAGAGGCCAGUGGGAUGAAAGUUGAAGUCACGGAAAUGUCCGUCAGCAGCAGCAGGAGCAGCAGUUUCGAAUGCGACGAAUCACCAUACGGAAUGGAGAAUCGGAUUGAAAAGGAGAGGCGCAGGUCAAAAUAG